AUGGUAGCCGAACAGAGAAAGCAGCAGGAGGCAGACCCCGAUACUCGCAAGGGCUAUAACUUUACGGACAUUGACAUCUACGUGUACAGCGUUGUGGGAAUGAUUUCGGUGGAAAAAGGCACUACACUGCAGGCAGUGUCGACAUACGUCGUGCCGAUAGUCGAUAUACAGACGGUUAAGCAUGUCAAAGCCAUGGCGGAGGCCUUGCGGAUCAUUAUUUCCAAGGAUGAGAUUGCGACGAUUCAGAGCGCAUACACCUUCGAUCCUCUCUUCGCCAUGAAUUUCCUCUUCAACCACAACAACAUUCAACCAUAUGGCCUUUCGCUCACAGCAGCCAAUGUUCAGCAGUAUCAAAUGGCAGCCCGGAGUAAUGCUCUGCUUAAACUCGCACCUUAUCAAGCACGUAUCCCCGAGCCGCCACGUUGA